AUGUCUUCGUUUAUCCAAGGAUUUAUGGAAAGUGACGAAAUAGACAAAACGGGCUUGAGAGAGCUAAAUUUUGAUAUCGAGCCCGAAAAUGUCGGCUACUAUAACUCGUUUGGUGAUGUAUACAAGAGAGGUUAUGGAGGGAUAGAGGAAAGUAUUCAUGCUAGCAUUAGUGAAAAUUUUGCCGGUAAUAUUGGAGGUUGUUCGGGAAAUGUUGUUUCUGCCGGAAACAUUCAUGGAACGGUUGAUAUGAUGAAUUACGGAAACAUAAAUGCCCCGGAACACAUCCAUGUUAUAGGACGUGACGUGGACCACCACCAGUCCUAUGGAGUCGAAUAUGGGAUUGAAUAUGGAUUGGGGUACCCACAGGGAGCAUACGGACAGAGCUAUAUGGAGACAUAUGAUGAUUACGGGCAGGAGUAUGGCCAUUAUCUGGUUCCGGUGCAGCAGGGACAACAGCAGAUGCUGGGAAUGAUGCUUCAUAAACACCAUGAUACGGACUGCGACGUGGAAUAUGAUUCCGGGAGCAGACGUUCAAGUAAUGCGAUGUACUCUCAAAAUACUGACGGCACAUCGUCCGAUCUUAGCGAUACCGUGAGUGAGACAGAUACAAAGCUGUCGACGCCCGAAUCAUUUACUGCCACAAUAAAGCAGUACGAACUACAUGAGCCAAAGUUACGCUCAAGACGGGUCCUGUUGGUACAGCAGUUGGAACUGAACCACGACCACUCGAUCUUGAACGAUAACCACCUAGUUAUUUGCACCCAUUGUAACCAGCGCUUUGACAGCAUAUUGCAGUUGGGCCAUCAUUUCGACAAGUACAAGGUGGUAACCCCUCAUAAAUGCCCGUUUGAUUCGUGUCCUUACUUCUUUAUAGGGUUUGCUCGGAAGGCGGAGUUGAGACAUCACUGUCUCACCAAACAUUUUGAAAAAGGAAAGUUGACGCAAUCAAUAAAUCAGAAUAUCAAGCAGGCCUUGAACAAUUUGAUAUACUCUUGCAAAAUCGAUAAUUGUGGUAAGAAUUUCUACCGCAAGGACUCAUUACAAAGACACUUGAAAUUGGUUCAUGAGAAUGAGAAUAGUAAGUUCAAUAAGAAAAUGAAAAAAAUUCAAUUGCAAAGGCCGGCUCACAGACAUGCGCAUAUUGCACAGAAGUAA